GCUGUCUUGUUGCAGCAAACAUUACAGCUUCGAUGCCGUUGCUCCAACAAAAAAGAACCCACGUCCGUUCAUUUUCACUUUGAUUCUGUCCAACUAAACAAAUCUCUUUCUCACUUCUUCUAUUUUCACCUUUUCAUUGAUUUGGUGGUUGUUUUCUUUUCUUCAUGCUUCUGUUAUCUGUGUAUUGUUUUGUAUCUGUUUUCCAAUAUUCAACAAAAAAGAAAAAAAAAGGUGAAAAAUGGCAGGCACCGAAGCUGCUACUGUUGUUGCUGAAAAAGUUGCAGAGAACCUGGUUGAUCGAAUUUUCAAUUUAAUCUGGAACAGAAUAGCUCGUGUGUUCAAAUGGAAGACUAAUUUAAAGAAUCUGGAGAAUGACGUUAAGAGGCUGGUGGCUAAAAGAGAGAGUUUGCUGAAAUUUAAGGAAGCUGCUGACAGAAAAGGGGAAGAGUUGCCCGAGGUCAAUAAGUGGCUUAAAAAAGCAGACGAAUACUCUAGAGAGAUGCAGGAGUUGAAGGAUGCUGAAGAGAAUGCCAAGAAGAAGUGUUUGGCUGGGAUGUGUUGUAAUCCCUGGCCACGUUACCGAAUCAGCAAGAAAGUAGAAGAGUAUGUUAAAGUUGUGGCUCAACUGCUAGAUGAAGCUGGUAGCUCCGACUUCUUAGUUGCUAUUCAUCCUCCUCCACAGAAGAUAUCUGCUGCACGAGUUAAAGGUUUUGAGGACUUUGGCUCAAGAAUGUCCAUUUUGGACCGUAUUAUGGGGGCCUUGAAAAGUUCCACUGUUGACAAGAUUGGUGUGCACGGGAUGCCGGGUGUGGGCAAGACCAUGUUAACCAAAGAAGUUGCCAGACAAGCCGAGGAAGCCCAAUUAUUUGAUGCAGUUGUGAUGGCUUCUGUGACAAAGGAACCAAACGUGAGAAGAAUUCAAGCUGAAAUAGCAGACAAUUUAGUACUACAGCUUCAUCGGGAGAGCAAUGAUGGGAGAGCCGAUCAAAUAAAGGCGUAUUUGAUGGGAAAGAAGAGGAUUCUUGUGAUUUUAGAUGAUAUCUGGACGGGGAUAGAUUUGGAUCAACUUGGGAUUCCACAUGAAGUUAAAAAGAAUGAGGCAAGCUCAAUUGGUGAAGAACAUGUGCAAUGCAAGAUUCUGCUCACCUCUAGAUCUCGCACUGUCUUAUCAGAUCUCAUGGAUACUCAUCAAAAUUUUGAAGUUGGCGGAUUACAAGAUGAGGAAGCAUGGGAGCUCUUGAAGAAGAUAGUUGGUGAAGAAGUUGAAAAUUCUGACUUGCGGCUUACAGCAAGGGGGAUUGUGGAAGAAUGUGCUGGGCUCCCCCUGGCCAUUCGAACUCUUGGCAACGCUUUAAAACGUAAGGAACUUUAUGAAUGGACGGAUGCUCUGCUAAGACUGAGAAAUCCCUCUCCAGAGAACUUCAGGGGAAUCCCUGCAACUGUUUACUCAGCAAUUGAAUUGAGCUUCAAGCACUUAGAAUCAGACGAACGCAAGCAAACUUUCUUGCUGUGUAGUUUGCUCGGGCAGAAUGGUUCUACAGACGACUUGUUGGAAUAUGGUCUUGGCUUGGGCUUAUUUCAUCGUGUCAGUACAAUAUCAGAAGCAAGGGCCAGGAUGCACGAUAUUGUUUUUGAUGUCGCCACAUCCAUUGCCUCAAGGGACUACCAUGUGUUACCAUUAAUAGAUGGCAACGAACCCGAAAAGUGGUCGGAUGGGGUGGCAGUGGGAGAGAUCAAAUGGAUUAGCGUACAACAUGCUAAUGUUGGUGAGCUUCCAGAUGAGUUGGAUUUUCCACAUUGUAACUUAUUUUCUUUACGUAGCAAGGAUCCUUCUGUGAGAGUUCCAGAAAAUUUUUUUCGGAGAAUGCCAAAUCUCAGGGUCUUGAAUUUGUCUAAGAUGCAUUUUUCAUUCAUGCCUUCAUCAAUUUGCCUCCUAAAACACCUUCAUACAUUACGUAUGAGUGAAAGUAUUAUAGGAGACAUAGCCUUCAUUGGAAAGCUUAUGAGUUUGGAGGUCCUAAGCCUUUCAGGGUGUGAUCUCGAAGAGCUACCAUCGCAGAUUAGACAGCUAACCCAGCUGAAGUUGUUAAAUUUGAGUGAUUGUACCAAACUGAAAUUGAUUCCACCACUCAUCCUAGCAAGUUUAUCUAAACUUGAAGCUCUGCACCUGGGAAACAGCUUCAAUCAAUGGGACACCGCAAAUCAAGGAAAUGCAAGCCUUGUCGAGUUGAAGAAUUUACAUAACCUGGCUGCUUUAGAUUUGCAUGCAUGUGAUGUUCAGCUUGUUCCAGAAGACUUGUUCUCUGAACGACUGAAAAGAUACAAGAUCUUCAUUGGAGAAGUUUGGAACUGCUGGGACACUUCUUUCAGAAGCUCAAAAAUAUUGAAAUUGGAGCUGAAUACAAGUAUUAGUUAUGAGCAUUCUAUUUGCAUGUUGAUGAAGAGAACAGAAGAAUUACAUCUAGAGAAUCUGGAGGGUGUCAAGAAUAUAGUUUCUGAGUUAGGUGCUGAAGGUUUUCAGGAACUGAAGUUUCUUUAUGUCCAAAAUGCUCAUGAGAUUCAGCAUAUCAUUAACUCAGUGGGACAAAUUCCUUCCCAUGCAUUUUCCUCCUUAGAAGUACUAUUUCUUCAAAAUUUAAAGAAUAUGGUGGAGAUAUGUCAUGGUCGACUUGGAGAAACAUCUUUCAAACGAUUAAGAACUAUAACGGUUGAAAGUUGUAAGCAGCUCAAGAGUUUGCUCCCAUUCUCCAUAGCUAGACGGCUUCUCCAACUUGAAGAAAUUAGAGUAACAGAUUGCAGUAACAUGUCAGAGUUUGUUAAAGAGGAGAGGCAAGGUGCCACUAAUGAUAUUGAUAUUGCAGAAGAUGAUCAAAAUUUUGAACUUGCCCAGCUACGGUCCAUGAAAUUGCAGUAUUUGCCAAAGUUUAUUAGAUUAUGCCGUGGAAAUGAGGAAACAAAUAAUUCAACUUCCAGGCCUGCACCACUUUUCAAUGAAAAGAUAAACCCUAAACAGAUUAACUAGUAGGCACUCUGGAGUUCUAGCUAUCUAUUAGCUAGGUGUUAUAAGGCAAUGUUUGGUUAGUAGCAGUGGCAUUUUGUGGUGAAAUCAUAAAAACAAGUUACAUUU